AUGUUUGCAUCCAAGGCACUGCUUCGUGCUUUGCAAAAGCAUGUGUUUGCAAGACCCCUUACAUCGUCUGUUGCUGUUCGCAAACCCGCUCAAAGUGAACAGCUUGCUCGCCUAUUCGACAGUCAGAAGUGUUUCACUAAUUUCAACAAGCCCUCUGGUGGUUACUUUUCCACAAGUAAUGUGGGUUUGUUCAAAAACGAGAACCUUACAUCCCCUGAUGGACUCAUAGAUUUCUCGAAGAACUCUCUUAAAAAGGCAAAAAGCCUAGUUAAGACCAUGCUCUUGGAGGCAAAAAAUACGGACCAAGGCAAACUCAGCUAUAUCAGAAAGCUUGACCAGCUAAGUGACAUUUUGUGUCGUGUAAUCGAUGUCGCCGAGUUCAUUAGAGUGGUCCAUCCAAGCCAAAAGUGGGUCACUGCUGCGCAGAAUACUCACGAGAUCAUGUUUGAGUAUAUGAACCAACUCAAUACCAACGUCGAACUAUAUCUGACAUUGGUGCAAAUCCUUGACCUGGAUCUUGUGAAUCAUUUGAGUCAGGAAGAGAUUGAUGUGGGAAAGUACUUGCGUCAGGACUUCGAGAGAUCCGGAAUCGCAAUGGAUCCUGAUACGCGAAAUAACUUCGUUGCCAUAACUCAGCAGAUAUCACUCCUCGGUGCAUCGUAUAAUAACGAAGUCCAUGAUCUAGAAUCAUUCUGGUGCACCAUCACUAGACAAGAAUUCGAGCUGAUUGAUGAUGAAAAGCUCAAGUUAGAGAUCUUGGAUCAUCUGUCAAAGGCUCCACGAGGUGCCCAGGGAAUCUCCAUUCCACUUGCAGGUCAAUUGCCAUACUCUAUAUUGAUGACUUGCUCCAAUGAGGAAAUCAGGAGAAAGGUUUGGAUAGCAUUGCACAACUCCCCUAAGCGGCAAAUUCAAACGUUAGACAGCUUCAUAAAGUAUCGUGCUUUAUUGGCCCGAAUGCUUGGAUAUCAAUCCUUUGCUGAUUAUCAGCUUGAACACAAAAUGGCGAAAUCGCCUCAUCAUGUCAUUGCUUUUCUCAAGAACCUCCAGGAAACCCUUCUUCUGGAAAAGAAAGGUGUAAUGAGCGAAAUCAGAAACUUAUACAAGUACAAGAAAGGGAGUGAUCUUGCACUUACAAACGAUGAAAUUCUUGCUGAGGUUAAGCCUUGGGAUAGAGACUACUUAUUAGCGAAGCUGAUGAGACACUCAGAAAGCGACCAGAAAAAUGAGGAGAUAUCAGAAUACUUGUCCGUUGGAACUGUCAUGAGUGGUCUCAAUCAGUUGUUUAAAUCCUUGUACAACGUGGCUCUAAUCCCAGAGAGAACAGAAAAAGGCGAGACAUGGAACCAUAGUCAGGUACGGAAGCUCAGCUACGUGGAUCUUUCCAAUAACGAGACUUUAGGUCAUCUUUAUGUGGACUUCUGGUCCGAGAAAGUGCUUCCAUCCCAUUUCACUAUUGUUUGCUCCAGAGAGCUCAAUACAUCAAUUGGAACGGAGUCUAGAGAGGAUAUAAAAAACCAGGUACAUCUCAAUGAGGAUCGCGACUACCAGCUACCAGUGAUAUCCCUCGUAUGCAACUUUCAAAAGCCUAAAAGCAGCGGCAUGGGACGUCUUGCUGGUUUAGAUAGCGACAUGCCCACGCUUUUAACUUUGGAACAAGUAGAUACCAUUUUUCAUGAGAUGGGCCACGCCACACAUUCCAUGCUAGGACGCACAAAACUUCACAACUUGUCUGGUACGCGAUGUCUGACAGACUUUGUCGAGCUACCAUCCGUUUUGAUGGAGUCGUUUAGUAGUGACCCUCGAGUACUUUGCAAAAUUGCAAAGCACUACAAGACAGGUGAACCUCUUCCUGAGCUGCUUUUGAGAAGCCACCAGGCAAGAAGAGACUCGUUAAAAAACUGCGAGGCAUAUAUGCAAUCAAAGAUGGCACUACUAGAUCAAGUUUUGCAUAAUGAAAGCGUUGUUGAUUUCAGUAAUCAAGACUCCUUAAAGAAUUUCAGUUCAACAUCAGUAUACCACAAACUUGAAUCAGAACUAAAGGUUUUUGCAGAUCAAUGGUCCACAUGGCAUGGUAAGUUUCCACAUCUAUUUUCCUACGGGGCAGUUUACUAUUCGUAUUUAUUGGACCGGGCCAUAGCAGAGAAGAUUUGGAACGGUCUCUUCGAGAAAGACCCAUGGAGCCGAGCUGCAGGGGAAAAGUACAAAGAAAGUAUCCUCAAAUGGGGAGGUGCUCGUGAUCCAUGGCUUUGUUUGGCUGAUGCUUUAGAUGAUGAAGCAUUGAGCAAAGGUGAUGCGAGAGCCAUGGAAAUUAUAGGACACUUGUAA